AACGAAACCAUUGACGUCAUAGGUUUUAGCGCAAGCGCAUUGACCAGACUCGCCAUCGCAUACGAAGGGAUGAGAGCGCGUGUCGCAGUUUCUAACGGCGGACGUUCCUAGUCGCAGCUUGAAGCCAUCGAAACGCGGGAAACCGAUACAAGCAACCAAGAUGAAUUCAGCAGUGAUAUUGGCGUUAUUGGUUGUCACAUGUUCGAAUGUUCUAUCUGCCCCGAUAGCGCACAAUACAGAACAAGAUACUGGAGAAGUAAAGUCCGAUGUUCCGGUAAAAGAAUUAGAAAAUCUUAAAAUGGAAGAGGCAAGUAAGGAGACCGUUCCUGGAAUGCAAAGUGAACAUAUGGAAUUUCAUCGACUUGAUUCCGUGCAAGCGAAUGGUGAGCUUGUCUCCAGGUUAGAGCAACAUGCCUCAGCUGAUGCGACGGGAGAUGAGAAGCCUCUUGUUCAUGCACAGACUCAGCUAGACUUGCCCGCUGAGGGAGUUCACAAAGUUCUCGUGCAAGAUGGAGCGCACAUUAGCGUGUUGGACGCGACAGCUGCUACCACUAUUGCACCGGAGGAACAAACCACUAAAGUAUUCCACGGCGCAGCUCGUUUAAUCCAACCUGGGUCUGGGACUAACACUCCUCAAAACGGACACACGGCUGUACGACGUGCAUUCAACGCUGACAUUACUAAGGAAACAAACAAUAAUAUGGAUCACUACUCUGCGUACGCGGGCGUGCAGUACUCGCCGCUGGACAUGGCCGAGUAUGUUUUCUGGACCGGAGACGAGCGGGGCGUGACGACGGCUAUCGAGGAGUUCCUACAAGAAGGAAUGAUGACAAAAGAAGAGGCCAUAGCGUUCCUGCAGGAGAUCAAGUUCAACAUCGAUUACCUCCGCGCACACUACACGCAGAAUAUAAAGGCGGCUGAGGAGAGCGCGCAACAAGAGAAACUGAGAAACUUCAUUAUGGAACAAAAUGCUAAGGAAUACCAAUACCAUCAGGUGCCACCCCAGUCGUUUCCGUUCGGUGGAAGCCCAGACAUAAUCCGUUCGAUAUCUGGAAAGACGUGGGACUUGAGUAACAACCUCGGCGUGAUACCCUCGCUACCCGUCACCAGCGACCUGCGCCCUGAGCCCGUGAAGCGGACUUACGAUUCCGUACUUCAGACUAAUGUCAUAAGCACAUCUGACUACGAUCGUGAGAAUCCAGUCAUCAGCGAAGAGGAGUACGAAGAAAUGAUGGACAAGCUGCGGGCGGCCGACACCUUGUACACCGAGUAUACCUUGGAGGAGAUCAUUUACCAACUGGCUAAGAUGAUGUUCUCGCAGUCGCUGGGGCGCGAGGCGGCGUCGGCGCGCGCGGCCACGCAGCGCUUCAUGGCUUUCCUCGAGCUGGAGGCGCAGCGCGGGCAGCUGUCGCGCACCAUACAGAAGAAAGUGCUCGACGUGAUGAUGGCGGCAUUGACAGACACGAUCAACGAUCACCCUGAACUCCUACAGGCGCGGGAUGGACUUGGCCUGUCUCCUUCUAACCGAAUAAUGCAUCAGUUUCUGGAGACGAGUGCACCAGAACCGAGCGUCUCCCGAGCGAUCCUGGCAGCUUACAAAGACGAACUAUUAAAAGGACCCCCUCUGCAUAAAUUCUCCUUUGCCGAGAGAAACUAAAUCAAACGUAUAACUUCGCAUUUCAAGUCUCCUGCCAUUUGAUUUGAUCUCUAUUUUAGUUUUGCUACAAUUUCCUUAGGAAAUUUAUACAUUACAUAAUGCCAAAAUGUAGUACGUAAGAUUCAUUUGAGCUUUUGAAUGGUUAAAAUACUAUAAAAUAUAUAGCCGAUUAUUAUUAUCGUAAGAAAUAACCAAUAUUGCUUGUGACAAAUAUGUCAUACUUAAUAUUACUUAUUUGUAUGUAAUAAGGUACCUGAUGAGAAAAAAGUCGGUUUCGUUUUACAUCUAUUGAUUUAAUGUAAUCAAUAUUCGAGAUACAUUCUCAUAUUCAUUUUUAAUGAUUAAUAGACAUUUAUUACUUUAGUAGAUGAAAUAUAAUUAUAAUCUACAUACAUAAUUACUAAAAUUUUAGACCAUUUUAUAAGAAUCGGUAAAAAAAUGAGAAAUAAGAUAUUUACAGAUAAGCAAUUUCAUAACUGGGUACCGAAACCUUUGAAAAAUCGAUAAUCUAUUUAAAUGAAAUUCACAUCACUAACUGUAAAAAACACAAUUAUUUGUUGAAAGAUGUUUUCUUUUUUGUAAACCAAAGUGGCUUAUCCGUAAGUAUCUUUAAAGGAUAAAUGUUAAUAUAAGUUAUUUAUGCUAGAUUACUUAUAAAUUAAAUACUAUGAAAAUAAACAUUGUAAUAUUUACUCAGAAACUCGUAAUACAUAUUUUUCUACUUCAUCAUAGGACAUUAUGGUGUGUUUUAUGAAUAUUGGAAUUAACAUUUCCACCUGCAUUGAAUAUUUAAUAUAUCUUGUUUUAAAGAGUAUUACUUGAAACAGUUGCAAGUGCAUAUCAGAAGUAAUGCUACAGACAUAUCAUUGCUCCGUUGAAUUUAUUUGCUGUUUACUAUUAGAACAAUAUCACAAAGCACAUCACAAUGUAUGUUUCUAUCUUAAAAUUCUUAUCUAUUUAAUAAUAGUUAUAACUUGAAAAUCUAUAUCUACAAUAAAUAAGACUUAGAGAAAUCUAUUAGAAACUAAAAUAUAUUGCAAGACUUAAUUCAGCAUUGUUAGGAUUGAUGCUAAGGAAUCGGCGUAAAAUUUAUUAUAUUUAUAUUAUUCUUUGAAAUAUAUUAUAAAUUUAAUAAAAAAGUUUUAAUGUCA